CGACAACACAACCAACCUUCUGUACGCAGUACCCUCGUGCCCACCAUGACGGCCGUCAAGCCCUCGCCGACCACCUGGACGCUCCGGCUGAAAUCCCACAAGACCACAGUCCUGCUGCACGUCGACCCGCUCUCCACAUUUGCAAACAUCAAGGAGCUGCUGUACCGCACGCUCGAGCAGACGGGACUGAAGCAUGCAGAAACGGGCGAGCCGAUUGCGUUGCCGGAAUCUGCAGCGGAGAUCCAGCUAGGCAGGCCUGUGGAUGUGAAUAAGCCGAAAGAGGGGUUCAAGCUUGGCGAGUGGGAGGUCAACGAUGAGGAUGAUGACAGAGAGGAUGCAAAUGGCAAGAGCAAAAAGGCGGCGAAGAGUAUAUCUCAAUCUCUGAAGGGCGCGGGCCUGAAGGAUAACGCCGUGCUGGCGUUUAGGUGGAAGGGCGACGGCACGGGGUGGGAGAAGGAUGAGGAAGAUGUCAUUGCAAGUUCGAGGGAGAAGAAGGCGUAUCGACGGAUGUGGGGGGUGAAGAUUGCGACUUACGAGGAUAGUUAUGGUGUGCAGAAUACAGGCGAUGUCGGCGGUGGGCAUACGCAAGAGUGAUGUUCGCAGGACAUGGAUGGCUAUCGGGAUCUCUGGGCUAUCUGGAUCUCUGCAUGAGGGGAAUUGCAUGGCAUAUGGCGUUUUCUGACUUCAUUAUUGA